UAAUGCAGGUGUGCCAGAAAGCGGAAUGAUGUGAUAUAGUGAUUUUGAGAGAUGAUACAAUUAGAAACCAGUUUGCAGUUUGCAUUAACAGUUUGGAUUUUAUAUUAAGGAUGAAUUUACACGUAUCAUAGUUGGCACCUUAAAAAGUUGCUUUCUCUUGCCAAGCUGUAUCUCUGGCAGAUAGAGAACAAAACUGAAUUGCUCAGAAUCAUGUCUGAACUUUGUGAAGUACAAUAGGUAGCCUAUAGUGCAAGUUCUUAUUAAGAAGUAUAACACUUCUGAAAAAUUAUUUUUUUGCUUUUCAAAUUUAGAAUUGUAGAGAUUGCAGCAUGUCACUCUUCUCACACCUCUGCUGCUAAAACCCAGGGUGGCGAUGUAUAUAUGUGGGGUCAGUGCCGGGGACAGUUCGUCCUUCUUCCAUUCCUCACCCACUUCUGCUGCACUGAUGACGUGUUUGCUUGUUUUGCUACUCCUGCAGUGACUUGGCGUCUCCUUUCAGUAGAACCUGAUGAUCACUUAACAAUAGCUCAAUCAAUAAAGAAGGAAUUUGACAACCCAGAUAAUGCUGAUUUGAGGUUUCAAGUAGAUGGAAAAUACAUUUAUGUUCAUAAAGUACUCCUCAAAAUUAGGUGUGAACAUUUUCAUUCAGUUCUGAACAAUGGUACUGAGGAAAUCAUAGAAAUAAAUGAAUUCUCAUAUCCUGUUUAUCGAGCAUUUUUGGAGUAUCUUUAUACAGAUAGCAUCAGUCUCCCUCCUGAACAUGCCAUAGGCCUGUUAGAUUUGGCAAGCUUCUAUAGAGACAACCGACUAAAGAAGCUUUGCCAACAAACAAUUAAGCAGGGCAUUUCUGAAGAGAAUGCAAUUGCUCUUCUAUCAACUGCAGUCAAGUAUGAAGCAAAGGAGUUAGAGGAAUUUUGCUUCCGGUUUUGCAUCAACCACCUGACUGUCGUUACUCAGUCUCCAGGUUUUGCAGAAAUGGACCAUGGCCUCAUGAAGAUCUUUAUAAGCAAAGCCAGUCGAGCUGGAGCAUUUAAAAACUGAAGUAAAACCCUUGCCUAAUAAUGAAGAUAGUUUCAUUAUCGUUAGUUGUAUUUCUGAUCUGAUGAUAAUUUUCUCAUAAACCUAAUUUUAAAAAAGCAUUAUGCAUUCUGGCUCCCUACUGUGACAACUAAUCUUAGAAAUUAAGGAAACACCAAAACAAGAGUUUUCACUAAAAGCUAAGUAAUCAAAUUUUGAUACAGCUAAACUAUUUAAAUAUUUUGGAAUAAUCUUCCACGCUUCAGGAAAAGCCUGCCCACAGAUAUCAUAUCUGUAGACAGUUGCUACAGUAUCUUGCAGGUUUCCCAAUAUGAAAGCAACAUUUUUUUCUUACCAAUAGCUGAAGUUGCUAACCUAUGAAUAUGAAUAUGAGCUUUGAAAAAUUAGAAGGGAAGGGGAAGCCCACAAAAGAUUAAACCUCUGGAACCCCACAGCAAUUAUGAAAGUAUUAAGAGAUUUUAAUAAAAUUUAAACUAUGCUAGGUAACGUUGCGUCAUGCCUUCCCUAAAGCCAACUUCUACAGCUAGAAAUUUCUCUCGUGCCAGCCAAACCAAUCUUGCAAAAGAUAAAGUGUCUACGUAGCUUACUGGUAUGCUACUGGGUGAUAAGUAGGCUAGUUCAUACAGUUGGCUUUCUUGAAAAGUAGGAUGGUGAAAGAACAGUUUCACCUUCAGGUAUUUGGGAUGCAUUAUUGAUAUGUGAAUAAAGAAAGAUGGAGAACUCACCAAUCAAUAUUUUUUUUAUAACAAUUUGGCCGGCACUGUUGGAGGCUUUCCUAGUUUUUCAUUGAUUGAUUAAUUUAACAAUUUCCAAACUGGGACUGCUGGCCAGGAGGAAGACUUAUUUUUAGAAUACAGGUUGGGGCAACAGGCUGAUAGAGGAAAAGUCAUAUAUCUUGCUGGAAAAUUGUUCACCCUCUCUUAGGCAGAAUCUUUUUUCCAGCCAGAGCAUCUCCCACAGUGCUAAUGUUAGUUAUCUUUUAAAAGACAAUGACAUUGCUAUCCUUUGCAGAGUAAAGAUAUGAUGAUUGAUACAAAUAUUUACUUCAUUCCAUUGAGGUGUUUACAGUUUAAGAGCAAGUAACUAAUUCUAAUAGUGGAACAAUUGCUGGAUAUGUAACAUUGGAAACUAUAGCUAAAUCUGCCUUGACUUAUACAUAGUACUGGUCAAACCUUCAGGGUUCUGCUUGAGGUGGGAAGUUUUGCUCAUGAGAUACUGAAGAGUCGAUGGUGAAGACUGUAUACAGAGUGGCUAGAGCUUCUAAGAAUUUAAGUUCUCAAACAGGAGCUCAGGAAGCUCAAGAGGCAUGCCUGAGGCAAGAAAUAAAUGUCUUGCUCUUGUAUUUCCAAACAAUCUAAUCCUGGAACAGCUAAACCUACAUCAUUGUCCCUAGUCAAUUAAAGUUGUGUAUGAAAUAAAGUAAUAGUGAAUCACUAUUUGGCUUUUUGGCCACAACCCAAACUUUCAAUGAAAUAACCUGAUUUAAAAAAUCAUAUUAAGACUAUAAGAAUGAGAAUGAUUCCACACAUUAAUGUUCUUUUAUGAUCUUUCUGAAAUUUUAAAUGAAAAUGUAUAUAUACAGUAUAUAUACUGUAUAUAUACAGUAUAUGUGGGUGUUUCUUCAUGACAUUUAUUGCAAAUAAAUUCAGAUAAGGAGAGAAAUAAUUGUUUGUGCAAGAAUUUGUUUACACUAAUGAAUAGAUUCACAAAACAACGAACAACCUAGAUGCUAAACUAAAAUCUGAAAUAUCAAAUGUUUUGAAUUUGAGUUUAAAUAGUAUAUUUCGUAAGGUACCACAUUUAAACAUUAAGGUGCUUAUUUUCUUAUAAUUUCUUAUACUUACUGGGAAAACAGAGAUUCAUAGAAUAUAGAGAAAGUGGAUUGCGUUCCAUCAGCCAGUUUUCCAGGUUUUAGCUCAACUGUAUGAAAUAUUUCUGAAAGUUUAAUUGCUUUCUAUUUCAUGUUUACUAAAUUAUAGCUAGCAAGCCAAUAAACUAAAUUGUUUUGGCGACUCAACGUCAGGAUAAAAAUAUUAAAUAUUUUCACUGUAUAUUAUUAAUGAUUCUCAUUCUUAUUUUUAAAAUUAUUUUAUUAAUCUUUUAAUUUUUAUUAGAAUACAGAAUAUUCCUAUGCUUAAUUUGUCAAAAUACAAAUUAUGAUAGUUUAGGUUAGCCAACUCUUAAUAGGUACUGUUAAUAAAAUUUCAGAACUUUAUUUUCAUAGUCUAUAUUGAGUUUGCAAUCUGACUACUGAUCAUUACAAAACUAACAGAAAAGUGACAGCUACAGAAUUACACUUCUCUGCUGAGAAGACAGAUAGGCAUGCACGGUGUAGGCGUUUUGUUGCAGUCAUUGUGGUUUGCUGAAAUAAAAUAACAAAAUUCAACCAGGCUGCCAAAUUUUCUAAUUUGUAUCUGAGUUUUAAGAUGGAAAAAAAGAUAAAAAUGUUAGCAAGGUAUAUGAUUUAACAGAGAUGUCUAAUGUAUUGGAUCUAGACACCAUAUUUAAAUGCACUGUCCAGGAGAGUUGGGAGGGGGGGGGAGGCAUUCAGAACUAAUUAUUAUAAAUCCAAUUGUAUAAAUUAUUGUAGAACUCUGUCCUGAAGGCGGUUCUUUGAUACAGUGUUGGGUGUUCCUUGCAGGGGGACCUCAAACAUAUAAAUAGUGCAUCAAGUCUAACAUUAAAAUGACAAUUCU